CGUGGCCACCCCGCUGUUUUACAUCCUUUCGAAAACACCAAACCUUGCUUCACUGUUUAGCAGUCACCACAGAGCUUUUGCCGCUUUACCUUUCAAACAAGAUGUUCAAAUCAAAUUCCAUAGUUGUUGGUCUACUAUUGACUUCAGUAUCUGCCGUUUCACUCACAUACAGCAAACUUUAUGACAACAACUCGAUACCUGUUAGUCAGCUAGCAUGCUACAAGAACGGUCUUAUAUUGGAUGGAUACCCAUCAUGGAAAACCAUCGGAGACAUUCCGCAUUCGAUCACUGGUCUUGAACAGGUCGAUGGACCUAAUUCUCCGCUCUGCGGUUCCUGCUGGAUCCUCACAUACGGUGAAACCUCUAGACCUGUGCUUGUCCUAGAUAGUGCAAAGGAGGGCUUCGUAUCGACUCUUGAUACCUUGAACUGGCUCACCGGUGACAAGGGCGAAGAGCUUGGAAGCGUCGAGGUGAAGCCUGCCAAGGUUGAUAUCACGAAUUGCGGAUUUGCCCCCGGGGAUAUACAGAAGGAACUCUGAUGUGUCCUGAUGGCCUUUGCUUUCCAUCUGACUUCAAAUACCUUUCCCGAAGGCGUCCUUUGCACUGUACCCUUAUCAGCCUCCUGGAUUUAAUCUUUCGUCGUCAGUUGGAUCAAGAUCCUGUCGUCCAAGCUUAUCUGCAGAUCAACACCAGCCAAACAGAGCUUAGCUAGCGAUUUGUUCCAAGUGAAUUAACUUAACUUCCUCAAACUCUAGUCAUAGGCGGCAGUGGUAUUAGGAAGCACAGUUAAUUAUCUCCCUAUACCUAUUGUAAAGUAAAUGUGAACUCCGCCAUAGGCCCCUCCGAGAGCUCCGGGUCUAAAGCUCUCGUUUC